UCUAAAUCUUUGGUUUUAAAUCAUUAUAUGACAUAUGAUGUCAUAGCUUAAAAUGGAAUUCAAACGAAUAAACACCUAAAAUUAAAAAUGUAGUUGACUAAAAAAAGCUUUUCAGCGCAAAAUAGAAAAAACAGAAGCAUGAACUGUUAAAAUGGAGUCAGGUAUGACCCAAGAGGAAAGUUACACCGAUCGCAGGAAACUGUUCAAGAACAUUUGGGAUACGGCUAUGACAUUAGAAGACAAAGAUGCCAACGAGGUCGUUAGCAAGCCUAAAGUUAUCAAGACAUUGCGUCUUGAUGAGGUAGAUCGCUGUCUCGUGGGCAAGAAAAAAAAACAACGUCUUAAAAAUCUACGUGCUGUGUGCAAUAAAUUACUGGACUUUUGCGAUCGGCAAGAUGCGGAUGAUUUAUUUUAUGAACAGAUGGUUGCGGAAGGCAAGAAAGACCCUUCACAGCAGCCUGACCCUAAUACCGUCGUGAAAACACCGAAACCCAAGCUAAAAAGAAAGAUUACAAAAACAAAUAGUGUCUUUUAUCGGGUAACUCAUCCGCCAGCGCCUAAAGCAACUUCAGAUCGCCAAGAUUUCAGUGGAAACCAAAAUAGUUUAACAUCCAAUAAUUCAGAGAACAACGAUGUACAGCGCUGUAAAGAUAGAAGGGGAAAUAAGCAGGGAACAUUUCCUACAUGUGUAGUAAGAUACAAGUACGUUACUGUAACUAGACCGAUUCCUAACCCUAAACCAUCAAAGAAGCUACUACAAAUGCAUAAAAUAAAUAUAAGGUAAAAAGA